ACUUUUUUGUGUGGACACAGAAGCUAGUCUAUAUCUUCCUUAUCUUUUUCCACAAAUUCCUGUUGUGUCUCCCACACUGUAACCUGUCUUCCAAAUUCUCCUUCUUUCUGUAUGCACCAGGCUAGCGUGUGUUGAGAGCGAUAGGGAUCCAUGGCAGCCACACUCAGCCUCCUUAAACACCCAAUUAUUCCACCAAAAAACCAACAAUUCAGAACUAAACUUUACAUUCCCAACAACAAAAUAAAUUUUGAAAAAACCCCACAAAAACUCAUAAAUGAAACCUUAAUCCACCUAAAAUCUGAUGCUCUUCCUUUCGCAGCAAUCGCAGUGCCUUUCUUUCUAGACACCGAGAAUGCACUUGCUGUUGGAGGGGAAUUUGGGAUUCUUGAAGGAAGAUCAUUUGCCCUGAUUCAUCCCAUUGUUAUGAGUGGCUUGUUCGUGUACACAUUGUAUGCUGGUUAUCUUGGUUGGCAAUGGAGGCGAGUUCGCACCAUACAGGAUGAAAUUAAUGAGCUCAAGAAGCAAGUGAAGCCAGUUGCAGUCACCCCAGAUGGUACCCCACCUGCUGAACCACCUAAGUCAUCACCUGUUGAAGCCAAGAUUCAGCAACUCACUGAGGAAAGAAAGGAAUUGAUCAAAGGGUCAUUUAGGGAUAGACACUUCAAUGCUGGCUCCAUAUUGCUGGGAUUUGGGGUUUUUGAAGCCGUAUUUGGAGGGGUCAACACAUGGUUCAGGACAGGAAAGCUAUUCCCAGGACCUCAUUUAUUUGCAGGAGCAGGUAUUACAGUUCUAUGGGCAGCAGCUGCAGCGCUUGUCCCUUCAAUGCAAAAGGGAAAUGAAACAGCCAGAAACCUUCACAUUGCAUUGAAUGCCUUAAAUGUAAUCCUCUUCAUUUGGCAGAUUCCCACUGGAAUUGACAUUGUCUUCAAAGUAUUUGAAUUCACUAAAUGGCCUUGAAGAUUCACAGGUUUUCAUAACUUAAUUCUGAGAGACAACACCCUGCUUUGGAUAAGGUCUUUGAUUUGCAAAUUCUUACUGUAUUGAAGUACGUUCACGAUAUGUUUGAUAAGGUAAUAGACAGUAUUAGUUAGUAUUCAAUAAGAAAUCUAUAAGUGUUCUAUAUUA